UCUGACUCCCACAAUUCCAUGGUGCUUCCGGGUCAGGUCUUGCAGAACAGCGGCUGUGUUUUUGUAUAGGUGAUGAAAACGAAACACAGGGGUUUGUCUCCGUUUCAUCCCGAUUGUUGCGCCGAGCUCCGCUCCCGGGAGGUUGUUGCGGCUGAGACGCGCUCUCGCUGACUGACGUCAUGGCCAAUCCGCCGCCCGGAGAUCCCAAACUUGUUUCCCAGAUAGUGAAUCACCUGAAGAGUCAGGGGCUGUUUGAUCAGUUCCGAAGGGAUUGCCUGGCUGAUGUGGACACCAAGCCAGCGUAUCAAAAUUUGCGUCAGCGAGUGGAUAACUUUGUGGCCAGUCACUUAGCAAGCCAUACAUGGAGCCCGCAUCUAAACAAGAACCAGCUGAGGAACAACAUCAGGCAACAGGUGCUUAAGUCUGGGAUGCUAGAGUCUGGCAUUGAUAGAAUUAUUUCACAGGUUGUUGACCCAAAGAUAAACCACUUAUUCAGGCCUCAGGUGGAAAAAGUCGUUAAGGAAUAUUUGGCCAUGAUCAAUAAUAAAGAAGAUGGAAAUGUAAAUACAGAACAAAACGAGGAAAGGUCGGAAACCUCCGUCACUCUUCCUGGUUCUCUACCAGCAGUUGGACCUAGCACCAAUGUAGCAAGUGACGCAAUGUCCAUUUUGGAAACAAUUAGUUCACUAAAUCAAGAAGCAACUGCUGCCCGUGCCUUGAUAGACACUACAAACCAGAAAAACAGCGACAAAGGGACCAAAAGAACAAUGCAACAAGGUGUUGAUGUUACAGCAGAAAAAGAUUGUACUUCGGAGGAAACUCAAGAAGUGGAAAAAUCCGUCCCCGACAUGCUGGUGGCCGAAACCGAGCUUGAUAUAAAGACAGAAGAUUCAAAUGAUAUUUCUUCCACUUCCACUAUAGAAGCUUUUAAACCACCUGACACAGUUGGCAUCUCACAAAGCAAAGACAUUCCAAAUGAAAGUGAUGAACACAAGGCCAAAGCCAUAGAGGGUGAAAAGAAAUAUGAGAUAAUUGAAACAGAGAAGAAAGAGGAGAAGAAGGAAGCAAAGAGUGAAAAAAGAAAUGAAAACCCCAAAAAAGGUGGUGAUGCUGUAAAGGUUAAGGAGGAAAGCACUGUGAAAGAGCGUGAAAAUGAACCAGACAAGAGCAGCUGCAAACAGAAGGCAACUAGUACCUUAAAAGAAGAUAAUCUUUCUGUAGAUUCAGACACUGAUGAUUAUACAGAUGUCACUGUCAGCUCUGUGCAUACAAGUGACUUAUCUUCGUUUGAAGAAGAAAGUGAGGAAGACGCAGUGGUUUCCGAUAGUACUGAGGAGGGAGAAAUUACCUCUGAUGAAGAGGACAAGAAUAUUGCCAAGCCUGAAGCGGAGCAGAACGAAGUAAAGACAAAAUCAAAUCGGCAGACAUAUGUGCACAAACCAUACUUGUACUCCAAAUACUACAGUGAUUCUGAUGAUGAACUGUCAGUGGAGCAACAUCGGCAGUCUGUUGCUAAGGAAAAAGAAGAGAGACUGUUGAAAAGACAAAUGAAAAGGGAGAGACUGGAAGAAAAGCGUAAGCAGAAAGCGGCUGAGAAAACAAAGAACUUGAAAAUCAGCCAGGGGAAAGCAGGGCCUUCCAAACACGUCAAGGGAAAAUCUACCAGCAUAAAGGAGGUGCUAAAAGAACAAAUGUUUUUAGAAAAAAAAGUAGCUAGGAGCAAGAAGAAAAUAAGAGGGUCAAGGAAUGAAAAAAAGUCGUUGAAACCAAACCUUUUGGAAGAAGAUAUGAAGGAUUUAAUGAAAAAUGAGUCACAUGAGAAAAUGUUACUUGCCAAAGAAGAGCCAGCAGAAGAAUGUAAAACUGAUAUUCGAACAGAAAAGGAAUAUAAGAAAAAAACACCACUGGAAAAGAAUGAGACAAAUGUUGAAGAGUUGCAAAGACAGAAAAGUGUACAUAAAACUGAAAAACUUGUAAAGAAGGACAGCCAUGAUUGUGAAUCACCCAGCAUGAAAGUGGCGCAAAAAAAGGAUACAAAAAUGCAUAGAAAUGACCGUGAAAAAACUGUGCCUGAGGACAGGUCGUCCACCAAACAUAGAUCUAAAACAGACAAUCUACAUAAACCAAAUGAUAAAUCUGACCCUCAGAAAUCCAAGAAAAAUUCAAAAGAUGAUGAUAACUUACACAAGCGUAGUCAAAGCAAAUCCAGCUCUGAAGAAAGAUCUGAUAGAAAAAGUAAGUAUAAAAACGAAAGCAAAUCAACCUCCAACAGUAAAGAGGAGAAAACAUCUGGAACUAUGCAUCUAAACAAAAUGGGUGAAAAUGUUCACAAGGAGAGUAAACAAGAAAGACGCCAGUCUGAGGAAAAAUCAAGAUCCGAGCAAAAGUAUAAGCGAUCACUUAGUGAUUCCAGAACACACAGAGACUCUCAGAAUGAUUCAAGACAACAUAGCAGUAGUUCUCAGAAAAAGUCAAAGAUCUCCUCUGCUGAUAAAAGUGAAUCCGAUUUAACACACACAAAUUAUUCGAAGCAAGAGGAAAGCACUCACAGAGAUAAAAGAAGAUCAUACAGCUGUUCAGAAGAACGUAUUUCAUCAAAGAUUAAAUCAAAAAGUAGCAUCAAAUCAUCAAAACUUAGUGACCAUGAAGAUCCAGCACAAAAGAAUGACAAAGAUAAGAAUUCACUGCAUAAUUACAUGGAAAAACACCAAAAACUUAAACCUGAAGACAGUGAAGAAGGAAAAGAUGCAGUCUCUGCUCAAACAUCAAGUACAGUAUCAAAAGAUGCCAGUUAUAAAUCCAAACAUUCAGGAGACAAGGAAAAGGAGAAAUCUCGAAGUGACAAUAAAGAACGUUCUUCUUCAAAACUGGAUAAGAAGCAUAUGGGAGAAAAUCUAAAAAGUACAAGCUCAAAGCACGGCCAUAAGGAUUCAAAACAGAAAGGGGAGAGUAGUAAGUCAGAUGACAAAGGUUCCAGAAGUACUGAUGAAAAAAGGGCACGAGAAAAAAGCAGUUUGGAUAGAAAAUCAAGUAAAAAAAACACAUUGGAAUUUAAGGGCGAAAGCUCUAAAGGUAGUAUGCCUUCUAAAAAAGGUUCAAAACUAGAAAGUGAUGGAUAUGAUCAUGCCGGGAGAAAAAGAAAGCUUUCUUCGUGUUCUUCUGACACCAAAGAUAUGGCAUCUAUUACUAAUGAUGAACUUUCCUGUGACAGUAUUAAAACAGAAAGAGUUGAGAAAGGUUCCGAAUCAAUUGAACCAGUAGCCGCCUCAGAGACUUCGGUUGAAUUAAACAACUUUCGUCCUAAUAUAGAUGCCACUAGCACAGAGAGUGAGUAUGGAAAGGAGAGCAGAUUACAGCAAGAGUCUAGCAUAAGUGGUUUAAAUGCUGAAUCAGCAUGUUCAAGCAAUUCCCCAGCAAAACACAGUGAAAGUAAACAUGGUCAUAAUUUCACACAGCCUUGUGAACAUGAUACUAGACAAUACUCUGAGACUGCUGCUGCUACAGUAGACAGUGGAAGUUGUUCAGAAAGGUCUCGUGUAUCAAAUGCAGAAAGUACUCGUAUUGGCUAUUUUACAGAUCUUCAUCAUGUAAGUGGAGGUGGACCUUUGGAUCUUGCACAGACAAGUCCUAAACCAGAAUCCUGUUUAACCAUUAAUAGCAACAUUUCUCCUCUGGAUGCAUCAGUUGAAACAACACAGUCAAAUGAUGUGAUUUCAACAACAGCAGCUUGUGAGACUGAUGCGAAUGAAGAGACUGUUAAAAUAAAGCACAUAAGCUCUAACCGUGAUACUUUGGUAGUAGACAACAUUGUAACUGGAAAUUACGUUGAAGACGAUGUGCAGAUGGCCAUUGAUAUGGCAGAGAAUAAUUCUGAAUCGAUUGAUGAGGAAAGCGUAUCGGCUGUUGGAACUUGUUUUGUUUCUUAUACAGAAAGCAGUACAGACAGUACAAUUGUGGAAACAAGUUCUGAAAGAAACAGUGAUGCCUCCCUUUCAUCUCGUGCACAGGACAGAAAAACAUCUGAGUGCGAGGAUACGGCAACAUCAUCCUGCUCCACAAUUGAACAUACAGAGAAUGUGUCCCUCAGAGGAACCAUUACUUAUACUAACAGUUCAAGUGAAAAUACUGCAACAUCAACAAACAUACAGCUGGAUAAUGUUAUGGCCACAAACAGUAGUGACAAUGCUGUGGGUGUUGGUUAUAGUGGGGAGUGCACUGCCACCACUUCUGCUGAUUUUGGAAACGUAGGUGAAGCAGACGUCACAAUGUUAUCAGAAAACAGCUUUGAAGUUGCAACAACUUCCAGUACUCGUACAGUAUGCUCUCCAGAAAAAAGCAUGGCAAGUGCAGCAACUUCAUCUCAGGGAGAAAUUGGUGUUGUGCCAGAAGUAGAAGCUAUUUGUGAUCUAAUAUUGAAAUCUAACACUUCUUCAGAUGGCAAUAUGGCAUCUUCAGCAGACACCCCCAUUAAUGCUGCAACAUCUUCUAACAAUCAAGAAAGUGACACAGAAAAUGGUGACUUUGGUGAAGUUAUUGAAAAUUCCAAGAGACAUGCUGCAUCCUCUUCUGUCCGUGUAGAUGAGAACGAUGAUAGAUUUGUGAGCUCUGAAAAUAUCCUUACUCAUGCAGCAACAUCUUCUGACCAUGUGGUUGAAAAUAAGGCUGCUGAUUUGGUUUCUGAUAAUGACACAAUGAAUGCAGCAACAUCCUCCUACAAUGCUUUGGAGAAAGAUUCUCUUUCAAUUCCAGAAAACGUAAUAAUGCUUGCACCAACAUCAUCUGACAGUGUGGAGGUACAUGAUGGUCGUUCUGUUGUUUGUGAAAAUGGGGGGUUAGUUGCAGCAACUUCAUCUGACAUUGCAGCCCCACUCUCUAACCCAAAUGGAGAUUCUGAUGGUAUUGGUAUUAUCCCACAUGCAUCAACCUCUUCAGAUGUUAGUGUGGAUAACGAGGUUCUUCAGGGGUCUGACAUUUCUUUGGUAAAUGCAGCUACCUCUUCAGACAGCACAGGAGAAAACAAUGGUGUUCUUCGGGGCUCUGAAAAUGUUCAUGAGCAUGCGGCAACCUCUUCAGAUAUCUGUGUAGAUAAUGGCAGUGCUCUUGGGGCAUCUGAAGAUGUUCAUGAGCAUGCAGCAACCUCUUCCAAUAUCAGUGUAGAUAACAGUGGCAGUCUUCAGGCUUCUGACAAUGUUCUGGCAAAUGCAGCAACCUCCUCAGACAGUUUAGCAGAAAAUGUUGUUCUUGGAUACUCAGAAAAUGUCCUGUCAGCAGCUUCUUCAAGUAGUACAAUCAACAGCAGCCGAAUAAUGCAUUCUGAAGGUUCUAUCAUUUCUUCAGACAUUGACAAUGAAAAUAUAGCAGCAUCAUCCAGCAGUAUAACGGAGAGCACUUUAGCAGAUGCUUCUGGUGCAUGGUUGCAAAAUCCUAAUGAAGAUAAUACAGCAAGCUCUUCAAGUUUCGAAGACCGAGACUCCAUGUUUCAGCAUAAAACCAUACAAUUUGGUAGUGCUGAUGAAAGCAAAACUGCUAGAGCAACAUCUACUACUCAGAAGGAUGUUGCUGUGAAUAACAGAUGUUCAAAUAUUAUAUCUUCAGGGACUCAUGUUGUAAACUCUUCAGACUCCCCUGAUAUGGACAGUAGCACAGAAGUUUCUGUUAAUAGUCAAAUAGAUGGGGGUGUUGCAGCAAGCUGUUCAAGUAGUGGUACAGAACAAGGACACGAACACCAUAAACAUACAGAUCACCCAAGAGAGAAUACUGCCUCAUCAAGCUGUGCAUUAGAUAACAGUAUAGAAGAUAUGAAUGUUGAUCCUGAAAUGCCAAGCCAAAAUGGAAUUGAUGAAGCUUCAUCAUCCUCGGGUUCUUUAAAUAGAAGCAGCAGUGUUCAACAUCUAGUACAUAAAUCGUCCUCAAGUCCCAACAAUAUAAAUGUUGCAGCAUCAUCAAGUGUUGCGAUGAACAGCAGUAGCGAUAACCUGAAUUUUUCCAUGAGAUGCCCUGGAAACAGUAAUGAUAACACUGCCACCUCAUCAAGCAACAUAACAGUCAGCACAGCGGAUUAUGUCCUUGGCAACAAUACACUAGCUACAACCUCUUCAAAUAUUACCAUGGACAGCAGUACUGGGGAAGACGUAGAGCUGGAUACUGAAAAAGCAAGUACUUCGACAUCCUCAAGCACUUUAUUGAACAAUGACAACAGAGAACAAGAUAUCAGUACUGAAAAAGACAGCUUUACUGCUUCUUCUAGUACGACAAUAGAAAACUGCACAGAUGCAAAUGAAGAAACUACAUAUAGUUCAGAUAAAGUCAGUGGCAAUGCAGCCACUUCUAGUAAUACAACUUAUAGCAGUAAAGAGAAAAAUACAAGUUGCAAUGUGAUUUCUGAUAUUAAUAGCGCUACUACCUCCACCGCUAUAGCUGAAAUAUUUACUGCAGAUGAGAGAACUGAAGAUGUAAAUAUUGGUUGUGAGGUCAACAGUGAAGCUACUGCAGCUUCUUCAAGCAAUGCCAUGGAAUCCUCAUCUGAUAGUGUGAGAGGGAAUGCCACAUCCUCAGAUUCUAUUAUGGAUAGUAGCUUAGAAGGAGGGAAUGUGUCACAGACCACGCAUCCAGAUAAAAAUGAGGAGGCUGCUAGUUCUUCCAGUCUGUCUUCUAAUAUGAGACUGCAGGAGAUCCAGACUGUGAGAGUAGGCAGUCAGAAUCUUGAAGAUGCAACUACUUCUUCAAGCACAGAAAGAGCAAAUAGUUCAUUUGUCUAUAGCAGCAACAAUAGUGAAAAUAAUGGUAGUUAUUAUAAUGCUGAGGCAACUGUAGAGUCAAGCUUUGCAUCACGAAGUGACAUUGACACAUCUGGUGCUUCAGGAGACACCGUGGCUUUGGUGCCAAGUGCAAAUGCAAUGAAUGCAGCAAUGCUUGCGGAAUUUAACUCGGAUGACCGUGUAAAUGUGGAUUAUGAAAGGGCUGAUGAAAAGGAGGAUGCUGUGAGUAGUGCCAGCUCACAAGAACAUAAGACUUGCAGCAAUGGUUCUAGGCAAAAUGAAAUUCAAACAAGAGAUGGAGCUGUUACCAGUGGUGGUGCAGAAGUGAGCGAAUCCUCUAUGGCUCCUAAAAAUUCUGAGGCGUUUCAUCAUGUGAUUUCUGCAAAAACAGGAGUUAUGGUUGGUGACGGCAAUGUACCGGUGGAAGAAACACCAGUCUCUCACACUAACAGAAUUGACCCUAGUGAUGAAAACUUGGAUGUCGAGGAUACAGAGAACAAUGCUUCAUUUGAGAGUGCAAAUUGUGAGACUGCAGUAAGUAUAGGUGACGCCUAUGAAUCCGAAACACCAAAUAAUCAAUUUACAUUAGAGGAAGGGGAAGGCGCUGUCACUAGCACUGGGAUAACAGAAGAAAGCGAUAGAGUAAAAGUGAGGCAAGAUGUAAGAAAAAGUAAUAGUUCCUGCACUGGAGUUGAAAUUGAGCCUGGUGGCCAUGCUAUGAGCAGGCAAGAGAUGACUGAUUCAAAUGCCAUUACAGAAGAUGACGAAAGUGCUAUCACAAGUACAGGUGCAAAAGAAGAGGAAGAGGAGGGUGAGGGGUUUGUAACUAGCACGGGAACUGCAAGUGAAGAUUCUUCAUUCUCGUCCGCCACCGAUGAGAAUUCUAAUAUUGCUCAAAUGUUUCAUUUUAAUAGCAAGAAUCAACAUACGGCUGUUAACUCUGAAGACGAGAGAGAGCAGAAAACGAACCAUGAAAUUACUGAAGAAAUGGCUCUGAGUGCAAUUAUUUUAACAAAUACAGAAGCUACUGCAGAGAGUAAUGCAGGUGAAAGUGCAGAACAGAAUGAUCUCCACACAGCAGAUGAAAUUGCAUCAGUGUUAACUACUGAUAGUUCUGCUCUGCCCUCUACAACACAACAAACACAUCUCGAUCAGCAAGAGAAUAAACCUUCAGCUGAAAUGGAAAUGGAUACGUCUCAAGGUACUGAAGAGCUAUCUGAAGAGAAGGAGAGUGUGUCCAUACAACCUGCUGCAGAUGACAACAGAACUGCAUUGAAUGUUCAAGGGCAAAAUCUAUUGUCCUCAGAAAUAAGUGAAGGGGACCUGAGCACCUCAGCCGGUGAAAGUUGUUCAGUGAUUACGGCUUCACGUUCACAAGAUAAUUUAAAUGUAGCCAAAUCUGAAACACAUGAUCAAAAAGACAGCGACCUUACUAUGCUUUCCAAACAAGUGUCUUCAAAUGAUGAGCAAACUAGUACAGACAACACCGAUCCAAAUCACACUAUUAAAAAUGAAGAUUUGCCUUUGUUACCCUUAUCUGAAUCUGUACCGAGUUACACCGUACCUCCUGAUGGCCUGUCAGCUGAGCAAGGUCUCUCUUUCUCUGAACAUGAUUCCAUGAACAACAGUGAUGUAGUGGAAGAAACUGAAUGUCCAGUUCCUGGUGAUGGAAAUGUGGUCUAUGCAGAUGAGCCAGUGGCUGAUGUUUCUGAGAAGAAUGAGUUACAGGAUGAGCAAAAGGAAAUUACAACUGAUGCAGAGGAGAAGUGUUUGGAGACAACAAGCAGUGGUGCCGAGUUGGAGAGUAACAGUCAAGAUGAGGAUCGUGCUAUAUUAGCUGUAACCAAAACUGAUAUGAAUCUGACAAGUGGUCAAGAGGAAGAAAUAAGCAAAGCAACCGAGAUUUCCCAAAUGGAACAACCUGAAACAGGGAGGUCUGAAAGUGAAGCAGAAUUAACACAACCACAAGAGUCUUCUGAUCUUGGGAAGGGCCCAAACUCUGGAGACAUGACAGACACAAAUACUUCAGAAGAACUGCAGUCCAUAAAACAGAAGAAACUAGAGACAAUCGGAGAUGAAGAUGCACCAAAAGAAGAGCAAGCAACAUGUGAAACCUCAGGUUCAGAGGCACAAGAGGAGCCGCCUUCAGAAGAAUCCACUCCAAAGGUGAAAAAGCCCAGAGGCCGUAAAAGUCUUGAAAAACUGAAAGAAGAGAGCCUCGUUAAGGAAAAAAAUACAGAGGAAAUGCCAGAGGAACCCAAGCCUCCAGUUGAGACUGAGAAAAGAAAAAGAGGACGGCCUCCAAAGAAACGAAAUGUGCCUCCAGUUCCUGAUACAGAAUCAUCUCUACAGAAGGAGAGUUCUGCAGAAGGAAAAACGUCAAAUGCACGCCAUUGUCAGGAUGAAUGCGGCCUUACAAAGAAAGAUGUGCAUACCGUAGAGAAGACUGAGCAAUGUCAGAGACAUUCUGAUGAAAGGUCUGAAGAUAAAAGUGUGGAGAUUGUUCGUCGGAGAGGAAGGAAGCCAAAACGUUCCCUUAGCUCUUCAGAGAGUGAACCAGAAAAAAAGCGCAAGAAGUCUGUCUCAGAAGAAGAAGCGGAGGAGGAGGAGGAGAAUGCUGAACAUACAGAAGACUCUGACAAUGAAGAUGAUCAUAAAGGUGCCACAACACGAGCAGCCUCUCGACUGGAAGCAGAGAAAAACCUGCCUCACAAGCCCACUACCCGUGCUGCCUCUAAGUUCAGCAGCCCAGAGCCUUCUUCACGUAAGAAGCGCAAAGAUAAAAGUCCAUCGGAAUCCAAAUCACUCAAAAACACACAAAUGAGGAUAAAAACGCAAUUGUCCGGCACAAAGCGGCGUCGAGAACCAAGUCCUCCUCCGGUUAAGUCUCACGGGCAGCAAGAAGAGAUCGCACCGAAAAGGACAAAGCGUCAGUGAUUUAGCCGGAUACAAAAUAUGAGAAAAGUUAAUUUAUACGAUAACAACCUUUUUAUUCUAAUGGAUUACUCUGUACAAAAUAUAAGUUAAUGAAGUGCUUAGAAUGUAAAACAGGUGUACAUCAAGAUACCCCAAAUUGCAUCAAUGUUAUUGUAUUUAGUUGAAUAGUUUUGGGGGCAGGGGUGGUUUGUUUAGAGUGUAGCUACUACACUGUAUAUAGUCUUGUAAUAUAGUAUUAUAAUUUAAGAGUAGCCCUUGUUCUAUUGUAUGCAACCUGGGUGAUUUAUUUAUAAAUGGCCAUUGUUUUGCAUUCAGCACCUAUGACUACGUCCCAACAAACUGCUUAGAGCAGAGUAUCUCCGUUA